ACUCGCAACUGUUGCCCAAACCGGAACUACGCCGGUUUCCUCUCCUUAACCAGCUCAGAUUGAUAAUUUCCAUCAAAUACAUAUUUUAGUGCCAAUUCCCCUUCUUCAAAAUCCCACGAUCAAUCUCAAACGGUAAGCCUCUAAAAUCCUAAUUUCAUUCUUGUGCAAUUUGUGUGUAUAUUUCGUGCCUUUGGAUUUGUUAAAAUGGGAGCUGAAGUUGAAGAAGAUGGGUUAAAGAAAUUAGAGUAUCUUUCACUAGUUUCAAAGGUUUGUUCAGAGCUGGAGACCCAUUUAGGGUUCGGUGAUAAAGUAUUAGCUGAGUUUAUUACGGAGCUUGGUCGAAAGUGCGACACAGUGGACGAAUUUGAUGGGAAAUUGAAAGAAAAUGGUGCUGAAAUGCCCGAUUAUUUUGUCCGCACUUUAUUGACGAUUAUUCAUGCAAUUUUGCCUCCUAAGGUGAAGUCCAAGUCAGAGAAUGAGUUGAGUAAGGAUGACUCUGAAUUUUCGGCAUUGAAAAUUAGGGAUGAUAGAGAUAGAGUGAAGGAAUUAGAGAAGGAGAUUGAGUUGGAGGCAAAGAGUAAGAGGGGGAAGGAUGAGGAAGAAGAUUUUGAUAAGAAUAGGCGUGACAGGAGGCGAGAGAGGGAUCGAGAUGAUAGAAGAGAACGGGGCAAGGAUAGGGAUAGGGAUAGGGAUAGGGAUAGGGAUAGGGAUAGGGAUAGGGGUAGGGAUAGAGAGAUGGAUAGAGACUGGGAUAAUCAUGGUGAUGAUAGAGGUGAAUAUAAGGGCCGGGAAAGGCAUAGGGAUAGGGAGCGGGACAAGAAUAAAUAUGAGAAGAAUAGGAGAGAUGGGUAUGGGGAAGGCGAGGAGGAUGAUAUGAGGUCUGGGAGGCAUCAGGACAGGAAUAAGUAUGAGAAGAACAGAAGAGAUGGGUAUGAGGAGGAUGGGAAUGAUGAAAGAAGGAAGGGGAGGUAUCCGUCGGAUGAACUUGAGUUGUAUGGAGUGUAUAAGGGGAGGGUGUCGAGGGUGAUGGAUUCUGGUUGUUUUGUUCAGCUGAAUGAUUUUAGGGGGAAAGAGGGGUUGGUGCAUGUUUCCCAGCUUGCUACUAGAAGGGUUUCAAAUGCAAAAGAUUUAGUAAAGCGUGACCAGGAGGUUUAUGUGAAGGUGAUCUCUAUUAGUGGGCAGAAGCUGAGUCUGUCGAUGAGAGAUGUUGAUCAGAAUACUGGAAGGGAUUUGUUGCCAUUGAAGAAGAGCUCGGAUGAUGAUGGAUUGAGGGCGAAUCCUUCGGGGAUGAACAGUGAGGGUUCCAAGACAAGGAUUGGUCUUUCAGGUAUCAGGAUUAAAGAGGAGGAAGAUGUUGUUCCAUCACGUCGACCAUUGAAGAGAAUGAGUUCUCCCGAAAUAUGGGAAGCAAAACAACUCAUAGCUGCAGGUGUUAUGAGUGUAAAGGAAUUUCCUAUGUUUGAUGAAGAAGGGGAUGGGGUGCUAUAUCAGGAAGAGGGUGCGGAAGAAGAGCUUGAGAUUGAGUUGAAUGAAGAUGAACCCCCUUUCCUGCAAGGUCAGAGUCGGUAUUCAGUGGAUAUGUCCCCUGUUAAAAUUUUUAAAAAUCCUGAAGGAUCCUUGAGUCGUGCUGCUGCACUUCAAUCAGCUUUGAUUAAAGAGAGAAGAGAAGUGAGGGAACAGCAACAAAGAACAAUGCUUGAUUCCAUCCCGAAGGAUCUUAACAGACCAUGGGAAGACCCAAUGCCGGAGACUGGUGAGAGACAUCUGGCACAGGAGUUGAGGGGUGUUGGUUUAUCUGCCUAUGAUAUGCCAGAAUGGAAAAAGGAUGCUUAUGGUAAAGCCUUGACCUUUGGGCAGAGGUCUAAACUAUCUCUCCAGGAGCAGAGGAAGAGCCUUCCAAUUUACAAGUUGAAGAAUGAACUGGUACAGGCUGUCCAUGAUAAUCAGGUCCUUGUCGUCAUUGGUGAGACAGGUUCUGGCAAGACAACACAGGUGACACAGUAUUUAGCUGAGGCAGGGUAUACAACAAAGGGCAAAAUUGGAUGUACUCAACCUCGUCGAGUGGCUGCUAUGUCAGUGGCUAAGAGAGUUGCUGAGGAAUUUGGUUGUCGUUUAGGGGAAGAAGUUGGUUAUGCUAUCCGUUUCGAAGAUUGUACUGGACCAGAAACUGUUAUAAAGUAUAUGACUGAUGGUAUGCUUCUGAGGGAGAUUUUGAUUGAUGAAAAUUUGUCCCAGUAUUCAGUCGUAAUGCUCGAUGAAGCGCACGAGAGAACCAUUCACACUGAUGUUCUCUUCGGACUGCUUAAGCAACUUGUGAAGAGGAGACCUGACCUCCGUCUGAUAGUCACAUCUGCAACCUUGGAUGCAGAGAAAUUUUCUGGAUAUUUCUUCAACUGUAACAUCUUUACAAUUCCAGGAAGAACUUUUCCAGUAGAGGUGCUUUACACUAAACAACCAGAAAGCGAUUACCUUGAUGCAGCUUUAAUCACUGUACUACAGAUCCACUUGACAGAACCUGAAGGUGACGUCCUCCUUUUCCUGACUGGUCAAGAGGAGAUUGAUUAUGCUUGCCAGUGUCUGUACGAGAGGAUGAAAGGGCUAGGUAAAAAUGUUCCUGAACUGAUUAUUUUACCUGUCUAUAGUGCUCUGCCNGGCGCC